UACUUUGAAAUGUAAGCUCUUAUUCUGAAAGACCUGCGGAAGUCGACCUUACGAACCCGGACGUUGUUUCCAGUCCCGGUUCGUGCAUGGACGGUGGAAGAGUUCGGUGACCAACAGAAGCUCAUCAGGUGACGGCGGCUGCAGGAAGUCAUGGCUCACAUCACCAUCAACCAGUACCUGCAGCAGGUCUACGAGGCGAUCGACAACCACGAGGGCUCGUUCUGCGCCGAGCUGCUGUCCUUCAAACACCCGCACGUCGCCAACCCCCGGCUCCAGCUGGCCAGUCCUGAAGAGAAAUGUCAGCAGCUUCUGGAGCCGCCGUACGAUGAGAUGGUCGCAGCUCACCUGAGGUGCACCUACGCCGUGGCCAAUCACGACUUCGUGGAAGCGUACAAGUUCCAGACGCUUGUCGUCCAGUCGUUCCUGAGAGCCUUCCAGUCCCACAAAGAGGAGAACUGGGCUCUGCCCGUGAUGUUCGCCGUCACUCUGGAUCUCAGGAUCUUUGCCAACAAUGCAGAGCAGCAGUUGCAGAAGAAGAGCAAAGGUCAACCUGGUGAGAUGUUGGAGAAAGCAGCAGAGCAGCUGAUGAGCUGCUUCAGAGUGUGUGCCAGCGACAAUCGUGCAGGGAUCGAGGACUCGAAGAAAUGGGGGAUGAUGUUUCUGAGCAACCAGCUGUUCAAGAUCUACUUCAAGAUCAACAAGCUGCACCUGUGUAAGCCUCUGAUCCGAGCCAUCGACAGCUCCAACCUGAAGAACGACUACAGCCCGGCUCAGAAGGUCACGUACAAAUACUACGUGGGCCGCAAAGCCAUGUUCGACAGCGACUUCAAACCAGCCGAGGAGUUCCUGUCCUACGCCUUCCACCACUGUCACCGCUCCAGCCAGAAGAACAAGAGGAUGAUCCUCAUCUACCUGCUGCCCGUCAAGAUGCUGCUGGGUCACAUGCCGACUCAUCAGCUCCUCAGGAAGUACGACCUCAUGCAGUUCGCCGACGUCACCAAAGCUGUGAGUGAAGGGAACCUGCUGCUGCUGAACGAGGCGUUGUCCAAACACGAGACCUUCUUCAUCCGCUGCGGGAUCUUCCUCAUCCUGGAGAAGCUGAAGAUCAUCACGUACAGGAACCUCUUCAAGAAAGUGUAUCUGCUGCUGCGGACUCACCAGCUGCCUCUGGACGCCUUCCUGGCGGCUCUGAGGAUGAUGCAGCUGGAGGACGUGGACAUCGACGAGGUGCAGUGUAUCCUGGCCAACCUCAUUUACAUGGGUCACAUCAAAGGUUACAUCUCUCACCAGCACCAGAAGCUCGUGGUCAGUAAACAGAAUCCGUUCCCUCCGCUGUCCACCGUCUCCUAGACUACGUUACCCACAAUCCCCUCCGGCUGUGACACGCUACAGGAAGUUUUUUUUAUUUUGUACUGUGAGAAAAACGUUGAAUAAAACAGAUGCUUGUUUGUUACA